UUUCACGAUGGCGUCGUCCGAUGCCGAGGAAGAAGAACUAGAGGACAGUCUCGUUAAAACAAGACUAUUAGAUCCCGAUACCUUCCCUGAAAACAUCAAACAACAGAAGCAGGGAGACAAAUUAUUAGCCUACUUGCAAUGCUAGAUGCUGUGUUCAAGUCUAUAGUGAUUUAAACCGAGCUGAGCUUUUUCCUUUGGGGCGUCAACGUAUGAAGGCUUUGUUGAUUUUGUAACUAUUGCAGCCAUUCUUGGCACAGGAAUAUUAGGACUACCUGUAAAGCUUUCCAAUUCAGGGUUUAUGCCAUUCCUGCUUGUUUUUGUCCUUGGGUUCUUCGCUCAGGCUUUGGUUAUAUAUUACUUUGUUGAGAUCCUACAGAAAGCAUUUGUGAUCGAACAAGACGAGGAAAGAAAGAACUCCAUGCUGUUCAGCAGUGAAGGAGUUCCUUUACAAGAUGUUGACGAAAACAAAGAGGAUGAUUCUGGGGAUGAAAAUGAGAAACAAAUUGAGCCGAAACAACAAGCAGAUAGUUCAAAGGUGACGUACCAGGUCAGUGAUGAUGUUGUCUCUAUGUCUCACUACCCAAGCCUUCAUUCACUGGCUGAGCUCUUCCUGGGGCCAGGACUACAACAGUUGUUUGAUCUUGCGAUAAUACUCAUGUUUGUCUCUCUUCUGAUUAGCUACUCCUUGGCUGGCAGUCAAGCCUAUGCUCAGUUAGGGAACUUCCAACUGUUAUACGUCAUUCCUGUCUUCACAUGGGUUUGUACCUUCAUCAUCAUCUUCCUUCAAUCAUGCGUACAGCCAUUUGUAUCAGUCCUGACGUUCUGCAAGGGCACUCUCUUUACAGCUUGUGUUUUGGCAGCAAUGUACGUUGGAUAUUUUGUCAGAGGAGAAAUUGCAGAAGACAUACGAUCUGUCGGAGAACCAUUCCUCAUGGGAACAGUUGCAUUAGGUGGUGUUGUGAACGUAAUGCCCAUGAUAUUCACCAAAAUAAAGCUACAGGCAACACAGGUGUUGCAGUACAGACAGGCGAUAAUCGCUGGCACUUUUACAUGUACCAUACUCAACAUUCUUUGGUGUUACGCAGUACUAGAGAUUGUUCCACAGAAACAGUGCUUCAUAGAUUCUCCUGCAAGCCGACGCAGUUUGCUGACUUCCAAUGUCACUGACAAUGUACUAAAAUCACAAGAAUCUUGUUCGAGAAACAGUUCCUUGCAGUGGGCUGAAGCGAAUGGUCAGAUAUCAACAAUUCCAUUAACAGAGAUUCUGCACAAGGAGUACUCAGAGUUUGCAUGGAUAGCUGUACUUAUUCAAGUCUUCGUAAUGAUUAGCAUAACUGUUUCUUUUCUGACAAUGGGGGCAGCACUUCGACAUAUGAUGGAUGGAUGGUUUGAUUCGUUUUUUACUGUGCCCAAAAAGAACUGGCAGCAAGGCAACCUGGAGAAAAACCGUUGUGGUAUAAGUCUAAGAAGUGUUAUCAAGACAGUUGGAUUAUUAUUGGUGUUUGGGUUCGUGUUUACAGUUGCUAUGAUCAACCCAAAGGGAUUUGUUACCAUCCUGGAAAAUGCAACAUCUUUUAUUAUGAAUUUGGAGUCUGGAGUCUUUGUAGUAAUAAUGUUAAACAGGGCACAUGCUCAAAAGUACAGACAUCUUGGAGUACCAGUUCCCCUGUCUAGAUUCCUCAUCUAUCUAAAGUACCCUGUAGUUCUGUAUUUUCUUAUUGCUGUAGGUUAUGAUGUGGUGGAAAUCAUCCACCAUUCUCUGCACAGUCAGACAUUUGAUGUUCACAGACUACCGCCUUUAAGAAAUGCUCAAAACUUAUCUGAAUCUAUUAAUGCAUCAGGUUUAUUGCAUCUUACUCAUAAUAGAAGAUGGCGUGUAUAUAAUUUCAUAAAUAGUACUAAUUAGUUAAAUAUACAGUAUCUUGAAAUAUAAUCUUUUUUGAAAUAUUUUGAAGGUGGUGAGAAAAAUCACAUAUGUAGUUCCACAAAAUAUCCAUACCCCACCAUCCGGAAUUUCCAGGGGGUGGGCGGUCAGAGAAAAAACAAAAUUUCAAGCUUUGAAUGGAAGAAAAUUGGAAAUUCCAGUGGAGUGGGUAACCUUUUUUAAAUGUCCUCCAUGGCGAGGUAUGGGAAUGGCAUCAACAAUAAUAAUAUGUACUGUAUAUAUGAUAUGUCGACAAUAAUGUGCAAAUCAAAAAUCAAGAUUACAGAUUAUUAAAUAUAAUUAUGUACA